AUGAUCCAGGUGCUGCGGCCAGCGAGGUUCACAGAGCUCACCGGCGAGGACGAAGAUAUUCCUCGGCCUCCCCUGAGCCAGACCCGAACAGCGCAGCAGAGCCGGCGGCGGAAGCAGAAGAAGCAGCUGGAGCGCCGCUGGCGGCACAGCGCCGUAGUCGCCGCCCUCACGCCCGCGCAGGCGGCCGCCGUGGCGACCACGCACGCGGACGCCACCAGCGCGCUCGACCUCCUCACCUUCCUCUCGCGGGAGCGCUCCCACGAGUACUCCCCGGACACCUUCGCCACGCUCGCGCUGCGGCUCGUGGAGGCCCGCCGGUGCCCCGCCGACGUCGGCCGCGCGCGCGUCCACAUGAUCAGGGCCUGCCGCACCCCGCUGGAGAUGACGCGGGCCAUGGAUGACCUGGACACGCUCGCCCGGAGAGGGCCCCGGAUGGAUCUCAUGGCCUACGGCGCCCUGCUCGUCCAGCUCAACACCCUCGGCAUGAUUGAUGUCACGCGCGCCAGACAACUGAGACAAGCAUCCACGGUCCAUCCUCCGAUUCUCGUCUUCCUCGCGACUGGACUUGUCGGCAGCCAGGUGAGGUGGGGGUCCGGUGCUCCGCUGCCGCAAGGCAUCGAUCUGUUCUUUCUAUCCCAUCCAAUUCUCUCCACCCUUGCAUCGUCUGACCGUUUGUUGCCUCGCAGCCCCGCUCACGCCCGUCACCUGUUCGACGGAAUGCCUCGUAGGAAGAAGCGCCAGAGUGCACCACCGGUGAGCAUCGCCGACCGCAUCGGCACCCUCCCCGAUAGUCUCCUCCACCACGUGCUCUCCUUCCUCCCAGUGCAGGCCGUCGUGCGGACUUGCGUGCUCGCCCGGCGGUGGCGCCAUCUUUGGAGGUCAACCACAAGCCUGCGCAUCGUCGGCCUUGACGAUAAUUACUAUGUUGAUGUCGAAGAACUCCGGAAGUUCGUGGACCAUUUUCUGAUACUGCGUGAGCGCACCGACCUAGACCUUGUCGAGAUCAAAUUCAAUGAAUUCUGUGAAGAAGACCAACCCUAUGUGAAAACAUGGGUCCGUUUCGCCUUGAUGUGCAAAGUCCGCAGGCUCACCUUUCAUGUUCGUGGAUCUCAAUAUCUCUACCUAGACCCGCAUCUUGUCUCUCGGCAUCUGAGAACAUUAGACCUUGAUGGUGUAGGCCUACCAGAGACCUUUCUUGAUUUUGGUAGCUGCCCAGUAUUGGAGGAUCUGAAGAUAAGUCAUUGCAUUAUAAAUGCUUGUAGGAUAUUGUCCCAUUCCCUAAAGCAUUUGAGCAUCUAUUGCUGCCACAACGAAUUCAAUUGCCGGAUCCAUGUUUCUACUCCGUGCCUUGUCUCUCUGAAACUUGAUCAUUUUAUUGGUAGAACACCGUUACUUGAAAACAUGGCGUUGCUAGAGAGUGCAGAUGUGUAUCUUAGUGAUUACUGCAAAGAUGUCUGUCUGAAUUAUGACUCUGGUGUUCUCUGUGGAUCUAAUAAUAAUGCAUGUCAGAAUUGUGUUCCUAUUGAAGACGAUUGCAGCAGAGAAUGUGUUCUUCUGGGUGGUAUCUCAAAUGCUAAAUACCUGAAGUUGCUACCUGGGAGUAAAACGUUCGUUUUCACAAGAGAUUUGAAACACUGCCCCACAUUUAUCAAGUUAAAGACUUUAUUGCUCAACGAGUACUGGUGCGAGGCUCCUGAUUUGGAUCCACUAGCUUGCAUUCUGAAAAACUCACCAGUUCUAGAGAAGCUCACGCUUCAACUUUUUUCCGAGGGACCAAAUCAUAAAGUGGAAAUUAAAGGACGCUACAGUUCAAUGGAGCGACCGUCUGCAAUAUCUGAGCACCUUAACAUAGUUGAAGUCAAGUGCAGUGUGGUCGACGAGAGAAUUCUCAAAGUUUUGAAGUUCCUGUCUGCACUUAACAUCUGCUUCAUUUUCUGAGUAAGUGUGACAAGAUCUGGGCUGCCUGUGGAUCUGCCAUCCCUCCUUGGCUAUUCAGAGAUCCAAGGCUUAAGCGUAUAUGCUGUGUGGA